AAACCGCAAAUGAAAAUUUCGAACCCUCGCUCGUUGCACUUGGAACCAUCAUGGCCGUACAUGAGACUGGCGUCGAGACGUGUGAUCUGCCGAAUAUCAGCGUGACCUACCCUUGCUACCUGGCCGACCUGAGGGACGUGACUGACAGCCAGCUCGCCGCCCAAGCGGGUUUCAGCCCCGACCGUCACAUUCAUUUUGCCGGGAGUGGCGGCUCGCCGUUGCCAUCGAUUAACGGAGACUACUAUGGCAACGGAUACUUCCACACGGGCGACGAGCCAGACAUAAAACCUCACCAAAACGACUCGAGGAUGGCCGUGCUCCGGCACAGCAGGGCAGGAGGGGAAGAUACAAACGUCUUCAGCAUGCCUGUCGGCAGCCUGGUCAACUUCACCCUCCAUGGCGUGCACUUCCACGCCUUCCACUGGCACGUGAACCCGUUUCAGCUGCAGACGUCGUACGAUGAGUUCGGCCUCUUUAACAAGGAUGGCCUCGAGACCCACGAGCGACCACGGGCUUUUGAGAAAGGGGACAAGGAUGAUCGCGCCUUUGAGCCCUAUUUCAAGGCUGGUGACUGGCAUGACGUUCUGAUGGUACCUGCCAAGUGGUGUGCGCCCGUCGACAAGUACGACUGCACGGGGGAUCCGGACCAAGGUGACAUGCACAACCAAACCGGCGACAAGAACAACUCAUUCGGCCAGUGCACUCCUGAGUACUGGGCGCAAACAAACCUUUCCUUCCCCGUCCGCACGAAUCUCGACCGUUUCGUCAGUCGGCAGGUCGUCCACUGCCACGUCCUCGAGCACGAGGACCAGGGGAUGAUGACCCUGCUCGACAUCCAAGAGUAUAGCAAAUGGAAGGAGGCGAAUCCAAUGGGCGGACCUCAGUCGGGCGACGAGAACAACCACAACAAGCUCGCGUACGGCCGUCAACUCGACCAGAUGUGCUACGGACCAAUGCCUGCAAACGCAAAGGAAAUGGGCAUAUGGUCGAGCAAGGAAGGAAUGUGCUGCGCAGACAAGGAUGACGACAUCUGCGAGGCGGGACUGAGCUGCCAGUGUGGUACGGAGGACACGACGACUUCCUUGCUCCCGCGGUCCGUUUCGAAGAGGAACUGCAAGUGUCGCCCAUCGCCGCCGCCCUCGCCGCCCUCGCCACCGCCCUCGCCGCCCUCGCCACCCCCAUCGCCGGAGCCAGUGUCCUGGCUGCGCCUCGCGGCACUCGCCCUCGUCGUGCUGCUGGUGGCGGUCCUGAUUGCGAUCCUGCUGAAAGCCCUGACACGGGCGAGGCGAUGCCCCCCUUCACCUGAUGUCCCCAAGCAGAGCCUCCCCUGCGCUGAGUCCAUUUAGACCGCUCCUCGAAACACCAAAGAGAGAAGCAGGUGAAGAUGUAGAUAUGUGUGUGUGUGUUUAGUAGAGUGAAGCAGGUGUAGUUUGUGUGUGUUUUGUAGAGUGCACCAUCACCUGUUUCC